CUCUCUACUUUCUGCUUCCCUAUAUUUCUUUCCGCAUUACCUCUCUCUCUUCCAGACUGUCCCUCGACUGUCGACGAUGAACUCACUGCCCUCUUCUUUGAACGCCGUAACGGGCCCCUACUCAUAACGCCGUUAUUUUCUAACAGAUUCGUUUACUUAAGCCACGUGUCUUCAACAACUAUUUUUAUUUUGUUUGGGUUUCUGUGUAUCUAUAAUGGCUUCGGAGACGCAACUAAUAAGCCUCGCUCAAAAUGGCGUUGACGGCGAGACAGACGGCGCCAGAAACGGCGUUCAGGCCAGGCCAACGUCCGUCGACGGCGACAAAACACCACGACUCCCCCGGUGGACGAGGCAGGAGAUUCUGGUGCUCAUACAGGGAAAGCGGGUCGCGGAGACCCGGGGGAGUGGGAGGAGCGCAGGGUUGCCGUUCGGGUCGGGCCUUGUGGAGCCCAAGUGGGCCUCGGUCUCGUCGUAUUGUAAGCGACAUGGGGUGAACCGGGGACCAAUCCAGUGCCGUAAAAGGUGGAGUAAUCUGGCCGGAGACUAUAAGAAAAUCAGGGAAUGGGAGUCUCAGGCGAAGGAGGGAACGGAGUCGUAUUGGGUGAUGAGGAACGAUUUGAGGAGGGACAGGAAGUUGCCUGGGUUUUUUGACAAGGAGGUUUAUGAUAUAUUGGAAUCCGGGUCGGGCGUGGCUCCGGAGACUCCCGCUACGGCUUUGGCUCUUGCUCAGGUCCCGACUCCAGGUCAUGUGGCCGAGGACGCAGAUGAGGAAGGCGGCUUGUUUGACAGUCAGCGGAGCGCCGUUGCUGAUGAUGGGUUGUUCUCGGAUUUCGAACAGGAGGAUUCGGGUCGGAGUUCCGAGAAGGCGAUGGAGGUUUCAAUUCCUGCUCCUAUGCCAAUUUCAGAGAAGCAUUAUCGACCGGUAUUACGAGGCUCUCAUGGUCAAGGAACCACAAAUGAGAAACAGCCUGCCUCAAAUCCUGAGAUAGGAUCCACUUCUCUAGAGGACCGGAAGCGGAAAAGGGUUGCAGCUGAAGAGGACGAGGAAACAGUUAGUCUGCAGAAUCAGCUUAUUGAUGUUCUGGAAAGGAAUGGACAAAUGCUGACUGCUCAACUUGAAGCUCAGAAUGAAAAUUUCCACCUGGAUCGUGAACAGCGGAAAGAUGAUGUUAAUAGCUUGAUUGGUGUUCUCAAUAAACUUUCAGAUGCUUUAGCAAGAAUUGCAGACAAGUUGUAGCCAAGGGGAAUCCGAAUACGCUGUACAUAAUGAUGGUUCUCUCCCACACCCAUAGAUCAUAGAGGAGGAGGCAGAAGAAACCGAUCGGAAGUUUCAAUCAUUUAUCUCGAGAUCGCAUUCAAUGUGCCAUUCAAAAUAUGGUUUUCUUUUUCUUGAUUUUUCUUUCCUUUCUUUAUAAGUUUUCUUUUAUUUUCCAAUUAUAGGUUCCAUACAAAGAUAUGGAUUAUAGAUUAAGGCUGCAUUUA